AUGAGAAAGCUUUCUGGAGUUUGUGUCAGUAACAAUUUUCUUUUGAAGCCGAAUUUAAUUCAUGCACGUGCUUCAUUUUCCUCUUGUUUUCGUCGGUCGAAAUGUGUGCACCAAAAAUGUUUAAAAGAGUUCAAUGAUUUAUUUCUGGAGCAGCAUCAAUUGAAGUCAUUUUUGAAGUUUUUUAUGCUGCGAAAGUCUUCUGGUCUUUCAACUUCUUCGCAUGCAUCUCACGAGAAAAGUCGUGAUUUCUUUAAAGUAAAUGCUUCAUCAAUUACUAGUCAAUUCAACGUCAUGUUGACUUCUGUUGUUGCUGUAGCUGCUGCGUUUAAUAAUAAUGGAGUAAGUAUGGAGAAGCGGGAAAGGUAG